GGGGGAUGUUAAGUUCGCUGAGGUCCUCGAGAAGAUGGGGGCGGAAGUUACAUGGACAGAAAACAGUGUCACGGUUAAAGGACCUCCAAGGAACUCUUCUGGAAUGAAACAUUUGCGUGCCAUUGACGUGAACAUGAACAAAAUGCCAGAUGUGGCCAUGACUCUUGCUGUAGUUGCACUUUUUGCUGAUGACCCUACUACCAUAAGAGACGUUGCUAGCUGGAGAGUUAAGGAAACUGAGCGGAUGAUUGCCAUAUGCACCGAACUUAGGAAGUUGGGUGCAACAGUUGUUGAAGGGUCAGACUACUGCAUAAUCACCCCACCAGAAAAGUUAAACGUAACGGAGAUUGAUACAUAUGAUGAUCACAGAAUGGCCAUGGCUUUCUCUCUUGCUGCUUGUGCUGAUGUCCCAGUCACCAUUAAGGACCCCGGUUGUACUCGCAAAACCUUCCCCGACUACUUUGAGGUUCUCCAGAAGUACUCCAAGCACUAAUCCACUUCACAUAUAGAAGAAAUUAUUUUGUACUACAAGAGAGAUUAUGCACCAGUUUGCCAACCAAAAUGGUGCCUAUACCGGAAGAGAAAAAAGCUUUCCAACUCCUUUUUAUUUGUCUAUGUGAGAUGAUGUUCAUUGUAUUUGUUGAAGUUGAGCUUCUUUUUUUUCUUUUGUGUAGAAGACAUGUAUACUAUAUAGUUAAGUACACUUCCUUUAAGAAUAUAUUUAACAUUGAGUAUCACCGUUUUAGAUAUUGUAUUUGGUAUUCAUAAUAAAUUUGUUUCGAGCUAUAAUUGUGAUUUACGGAGUGUUAUGAUAGCCCAUUGGUCCAUA